UUUGAGGGAAAAUUGCAACCGGAGGUCAUAACAAUUAUUUUUAUCCCAGCCGACUCUACGCCGACAGGAAAAGCACGUAGGAAGAAGUGGCUAAACACCGCUAAGUCAGUGUUAGUUAUCUGAGAUGCUGACCAACCCACUAUGUCUUUUUUGAUAAUAAUUAACUAGGAUUACAUUAACAGCUGACCGGCAACGUAAAGGGAAGUAUUUCUGGGUCCAAAGCGAAAGCUAACGUUACGACACCAUACAUCCAACGGUCCAGUUAACUUCAGCCGACGACAACAGGUUCAUGAGGUGUUGUGCCAGUCAUCUCACCUGAUCUCACAUUCCUGAUCUGACACUCCCAUCAUCACAUCCACAGAUCUGUCAGCAUGGUGACCAGAGACUCUGUCAGGGUCUUCUCUCUGAACUGCUGGGGGAUCCGCUACCUCAGCAAACACUGUCGUCAGCGCUAUGCCAUGAUUGGAGAUAUGUUGUGCAAGGAAGAGCAUGAUAUUGUCUUACUGCAAGAGGUGUGGAGUGAGAGGGACUACCUGUUCUUAAAAAAGAAACUUGCCUGUAGUCAUCCUCACUCUCAUUACUUCAAAAGUGGAGUCAUAGGAAGUGGACUGGCCAUUUUCUCCAAGCACAGAAUCCAUGACACGUUUCUUUAUCGCUACUCACUGAACGGUUAUCCAUACAUGGCCCACCAUGGAGACUGGUUUGGAGGUAAAGCCGUUGGGAUGGCCAUUUUAAGCAUUGGCAGCCUUACUGCGAAUGUCUACGUGACUCAUCUGCAUGCGGAGUACUGCAGAGAGAAGGACUCUUACCUGCCUCACAGAGUGGUUCAGGCCUGGGAGCUGCAGCAGUUUGUUCGGCACACCUCUGCUGGAGCAGAUGUGGUGAUUUUAGGUGGUGACCUCAACAUGCACCCUCAGGACCUCGGCAACAGGCUGCUGAUGUCUUACACUGGACUCCGGGACUCUUAUUUAGAGACUGAUAAAUUUGAUGGAUGUGAGAAUGGUUUGACUCUAAUAGCUGACAACGCUUUUAUCAGUAAAAAGGAGCUCGGUCCCUUUGAGGAAGGAAUCCGAAUUGACUACAUCCUGUUCAAGGGUUCUCCCAAAAUGGACAUUUUUUGUGAUUCCAUGUCCACCACCAAAGGCUCCGUCCCUGACCAUCCUUUCCCGUACUCCGACCACGAGGCUCUGACUGCUGAACUGAGGCUGGAGUCACACACUCUAGCUGAGAUUGGAGGUGGCAAGCAGUCAAAAGAUCAGGACUCUGCUGCAGAAAAGGUAGCUGAGUUGGUCGACAUUGUAACAGAGGCCCGCACCGAAGUCAAAGUAGGUUUGCACUGUGCAGAGAGCAUGCGCUACACAGCAACACGCACCGCAGCAAUGGGGUUAGCCCUGCUGUUCCUGGAGCUGUUCAUCGCUGCUGUACCGUGGUUGGCUCUGGGAGCUGAACAACCUUUCCCUCGUACCUCCUUCUACCUGCUGGCUGUGCUGUGCUUCGCCAUCCUGCUCACCACCUCUCUGCUGUACAUCUUCUACACCAUGGAACUGAAAUCUCUCCAGGGGGCUGAAGACCAGAUGAGACUGGCUUUAGGAAGUCUGCAAGAGAAGCUCAGGGGUUUUCCUCUGGCUCAGCCUCACAACGCCCAGCGGAAGUCCCCAGAGGGUCAGGAGCCCAGUGCCUUUGACCCAGAGGAAUAAAGUCAGAGCCAACUGGGUCGAAGCAGGCUCAGUGAAAUGAAACCUUUUGAAGUGAGCUUUAAAAUGGAUGUUUGAGGGAGUUAUUGCUCCUCUGAAUGUGUUUUAUGCUUUAGAGAUUUAGAUUUGUACUGCGCAAUGAUGGAGUUAAAGUGUAUUGAAGGAAGUUUCUGAUAGCAGUGCCGGACACAAUCAUGCUUUGACAUUUUUAUACUUUUUAUAUACUCGUCUUUAGCCUUUUAUUACCUCUAGGUUUCCCUCUAUGCACCUCCACAAAUAUACUUCCUAUUUGACCAUAAGAUACUUCUGUGCUACUGCUGUGCUUAAAGGUUGUAAAUGUGGCCAUUUGUGUUUUUGUAAGCCUGAGGUCCGACUUGCAUUCCAACCAACCAGUAGUUUCAUUGGGACCAGUUGUUUCUGUUUUUAAUUUCAAUCCCUUUUGUGAUUUGGAGAGUCCACCACACAAUCUUAGCGGGUCCAGACUGUGUUUGCAGAAUUACUUGAUAUGCGUCAACACUUACAGCAGUGGACCGUGCUGCACACAGGACACAGACACUCCGGAGGUUUUAGGUUUACAUGUAGGUCAGUAACAUAUGUAGGUCAGUAACAUUUUUUCUCUGCAGGACAGAUCACUGAGAACUGGAGGUAGCACCUGAAGACAAGGAUCCUUAGGCACUGGUUUAGUCUUCUCAGCAUAGUAUACUGUAGGAAAAGGGACAAAUUUUAUCUGCAUGUCUCAGUUCUCAUGUUCACAGUCUUGCACUGGAAAGUACCUUUAUGUUAGAAACAAUCUACAAUCCUCUUUCCCAAACUAUAGCAGUGAGGAUGCACUGAAGAUAUUCUGUCAUAUAUGCUCUUAACUUAAAUUACAUGAAUCACAGCAUCUUGUACUGCAGUAAAUUAAAAUCGCUACUAAUACAUCUUUAGUGAGCAGCGCACUUAGUUGACUAACCAGAUAAACCACUUUCAUUUAUGUAUGCUGGGAAAUUAUCACUGUAAAACGGUGUUAAGACUCAGAUGGAGCCUAAUGGCUGAUUGUUUUUAAAUUUAAUUCUUAACUGUCACCUCAGUGUUAGAAAAGUACUGUGUAGUUCUUAAUUUUAUUAAGUUUCAUAGAAUUUCAGAUGAUACCUGACGUUCAUUCCAAUUGAAAAUUGUGAUGGGCAUGAUUAUGAAAGCAAUAAUAAAGACAUUAUAUUCA